AAACAUCAGCUGCAAGUCCAGAGACAACCACUGCACUGGCAACCUCUUCAUCAACUCUUACAUCAAUUACCACACCUGGUGCAACAAGCACCGUGACUUCCACUCCAGCAUCGACAAGCAUCUCAACAUCACCGCUCACUACAAGUGUCAUUCUCGAAACCUCAACCACCAGUGCAGAGACCACGACUGAGACAGUGACUACAACAUCAACUCCAGAACCAACAAGUUCAACAGCACAAACAACUGCAAACAUCUCCUCUUCAACAUCAGCAGUGGAAUCGACAACAGCUUCAACAACACAGGGCACGACUUCAACUGCAGAAACAUCAACGGCAAGUACAGUGACCACUACUGGAGUACCGAGUUCUAUGUCAACUGCUGCAUCCACCAGUACAGCUGAAUCAACAACUACAAGCAGUUCCACUACAACCCCUGCAGCUGAAUCCACGACAACCGAAACAACACAAGGACCGACAACAAGUGAAACAUCAACUGCAAGUACAGAGACAACCACUGCACUGGCAACCACUUCAGCAACUUUUGCAUCAACUACCACACCUGGUGCAACAAGCACCGUGACUUCCACUCCAGCAUCGACAAGCAUCUCAACAUCACCGCUCACGACCAGUGUCACUCUCGAAACCUUAACCACCAGUGCAGAGACCACGACUGAGACAGUGACGACAACAUCAACUCCAGAACCAACAAGUUCAACAGCACAAACAACUGCAAGCAGCUCCGCUUCAACAUCAGCAGUGGAAUCGACAACAGCUUCAACAACACAGGGCUCUACUUCAACUGCAGAAACAUCAACUGCAAGUACAGUGACCACUACUGGAGUACCGAGUUCUACGUCAACUGCUACGUCCACCAGUCCAGCUGAAUCAACAACUACAAGCAGCUCCACUACAACCCCUGCAGCUGAAUCCACAACAACCGAAACAACACAAGCGCCUACAACAACUGAAACAUCAACCGCAAGUACAGAGACAACCACUGCACUGGCAACCUCUUCAGAAACUCUUGCAUCAACUACCACAUCUGGUGCAACAAGCACCGUGACUUCCACUCCAGCAUCGACAAGCAUCUCAACAUCACCGCUCACUUCAAGUGUCAUUCCAGAAACCUCAACCACCAGUGCAGAGACCACGACUGAGACAGUGACGACAACAUCAACUCCAGCACCAACAAGUUCAACAGCACAAACAACUACAAGCAUCUCCGCUUCAACAUCAGCAGUGGAAUCGACAACAGCUUCAACAACACAGGGCUCUACUUCAACUGCAGAAACAUCAACUGCAAGUACAGUGACCACUACUGGAGUACCGAGUUCUACGUCAACUCCUGCGUCCACACGUACAGCAGCUACAAGCAGUUCCACUACAACCCCUGCAACUGAAUCCACGACAACCAAAACAACACAAGGACCUACAACAAGUGAAACAUCAACUGCAAGUUCAGAGACAACCAUUGCACUGGCAACCUCUUUAUCAACUCUUGCAUCAACUACCACAUCUGGUGCAACAAGCACCUUGACUUCCACUCCAGCAUCGACAAGCAUCUCAACAUCACCGCUCACUACAAGUGCAGAAACAUCAACUGCAAGUACAGUGACCACUACUGGAAUACCAAGUUCUACGUCAACUGCUGCGUCCACCAUUACAGUUGAAUCAACAACUACAAGCAGCUCCACUACAUCCCCUGCAGCUGAAUCCACGACAACCGAAACAACACAAGGGCCAACAACUGAAACAUCAACUGCAAGUGCAGAGACAACCACUGCACUGGCAACCUCUUCAUCAACUCUUGCAUCAACUACCACAUCUGGUGCAACAAGCACCGUGACUUCCACACCAGCAUCGACCAGCAUCUCAACAUCACCGCUCACUACCAGUGUCACUCCAGAAACCUUGACCACCAGUGCAGAGACCACGACUGAGACAGUGACUACAACAUCAACUCCAGCACCAACAAGUUCAACAGCACAAACAACUGCAAGCAGCUCCGCUUCAACAUCAGCAGUGGAAUCGACAACAGCUUCACCAACACAGGGCACUACUUCAACUGCAUCAACAGAAACCUUGAGUACAAAUACCCCGACUAUCUUCACAGGACCAUCCUCUACAUCAGCUGAGGCAUUGACAAGUACAACAGCAGCAACAACUGCAGGGAGCUCUACCGAAGCACUAACAACUGUAUCAACCACAAUAACAGUAACAUCACUCACUACAAAAGCAGAAAUGACCUCUCCAUCUAUUCAAACCUCAACAAAUUUCCCUGUCACCAGCUCAGCAAUAACGGUAUCCACCAGUGAAGCAUUGACAACAAACACAACACACUUCUUCACAGUUGAACCUCCCAUUGUGCCUAAAACUGACAAGCCAAUUCAAACUCAAACAAAAAAAUUUAAUGUAACAUUUACUGUGCUCUCACUGCCAUUCACACCAGUUCUACAAAAUCUCACUUCCCCAUUAUACCUGGCUGAAUCGAAAAAUAUUCUUGAGGAGCUCAAUAAUCUGUAUGCAAACAGCAAAGUAAAUUCAACAUUCUUGAAUUGUCAACCAAUAUCGUUUAGAUCUGCAAAUGAUGGUAACAGUACAGUUGAAGCAUUCUGUACUUUUAUAAAGCCUGUUAAUGGCCAGCAAGUUGAUGAAGUUCAACUCUACCAUGAAUUCCGAGACAACACAAAUGGCAUCACCAGCUUAGACAACUAUUCAUUGGACAGCAACAGCCUCUAUGUAGAUGGUUACCAUGAAUCAGCAGUUCUAACAA